UAGACUCACACACACGUGCGCCCGCACUCACUAGAUAACGGCUCGAGCACGGGAAGAAGAAGCCCAGACGCAGAGUCCAGGGAGCGGCGCGUGGAGCAUCCUCCGUUCCUCGCGCCGGAGCUGGGGUCUCGCGGAGGCCAUGGACCACAUAGGGAUAGGCCUACUGGGGGCGCAUCUGCAGCAGCACGCGGAGCCCAUCAGCUUCGGCAUCGAUCAGAUUCUCAGUAACGUGGAGCAGAGCUGCAUGCUGGGCGCGAGGAUGCACGAGCCGGACUACGGGGCCUACGAGAGCUGCGCGAGCAGCGGCGUGAACGGCGCCGGCUAUGUGUAUGGUAACACCGGAUAUAACAGCACCAGCAGCUCGUGCGGGAUGGCUUCACUCGGCGGGGCUUAUCACAUGAACAUGGGCGUGAAUGCGAACGGCACUAACGGGUGCUCCUCGCGGGUCAUCCGCGUCCCCGCGCACCGGCCGGUGAGCGGCGGGAACUCGUCGGUUCCACCGGGAAGCGGCUGCGGGAACGUCAACAACAUGAGCGCGCUGACGUUCCCCUGGAUGGAGAGCAACCGACGCUACACCAAAGACAGGUUCACAGUGUCCCUCUCACCCCUCACUGUAACACGUCGUGUAGGUCACCCCUACCAAAACAGGACCCCUCCCAAGAAGAAGAAGCCUCGGACGUCCUUCACGCGCCUGCAGAUCUGUGAGCUGGAGAAGCGCUUCCAUCGGCAGAAGUACCUGGCGUCCGCUGAGCGGGCCGCCCUCGCCAAGGCCCUGAAGAUGACUGACGCCCAGGUCAAAACCUGGUUCCAAAACAGACGCACCAAAUGGAGGCGGCAGACGGCGGAGGAGCGGGAGGCGGAGAGGCAGCAGGCCAACCGGAUCCUCAUGCAGCUGCAGCAGGAGGCCUUCCAGAAGACCAUCAACCAGCCGGUCACCCCGGACCCGCUGUGCCUGCAGAACAGCUCUCUGUUCGCCCUGCAGAACAUGCAGCCAUGGACCGAGAACACCGGCAAGAUCUGCAGCGUGUCGGCCUGCGAGUAGAGCCGAUGGACGGCCACUCGUCCUCCAGCUGGGUGCCUGCGCCUGUGCCGAGUACCGACUGACUGCUGAAGGGCAGAUACAGGGGCGUAGCCCGCGGGGGAGCUCUAAGGAGAACCCUCCGUGCUCUUAUUAUCACCACCUUCUGUCAAAAACACAGCUGGUGUUGCAUCUAACAACAGGCAUGCUUCAGAUGGCGUCCCUCAGGGCCACGGCUAUCAAAUCGGGGUCCAGUCUGAUCUGGAUCCUUGAGAGGUCUGGACUGACUCAGCCCUGCAGAGACCACACUGAGAUAUUUCGGAGGCAUCAUAAUGAACAUUGUGCUCCAUAAAAAAAAAAGUCCAUGAGAGGAGCAGGACAGACUGUCAUCAGUGAGUUGUUGUGUAACAGUUAACCUAUAAGGGACGUAUUGUUUCAUUAUAUUUUCAUAUUUGUGUGUGCAUCUCUGCCAUCAGUGUCUGUCUGUGACUUUUUACUCAACUGCAAAAUGCAGCACUUGUUUUAGCACCUGUGCAUUCAAAUAUAAACUGACAAAAUGAAAAUGAUUUACAGCAACAAACCAGGAUGUGUGACUAUUUUAUAAUU